CUUCCCCCUCGGCUAGAGCUUCGCCGUAGGCGUCGGAGGAUAUGCCUUCACAGAAGUUGCCAAGCGCUGAAAGGCGGUGUCCCAACUCUGAAUGAAGGAGCCUGGGUCUGACAUUCUGGAAAAUAAGAAUAACACGUAGCGGCGCGGGCGAGUGAGGCGGAGCAGGCGCGGCUUGGCCACCUCCAACGACAGACAAGGAAGGACCGGCUGCGACACGGAGAAGAAGGUCCUUCGCCCUAAUCAGGCGCUCUCCUCAGGGGUUCUCUGUUCCCAGGCUGGCUAUCUGAGCGCCUCUUCCCUCAAAGCCCAGGAACUGCGCCCUAAUGGCUGAGGUGAAGGUGAAGGUGCAGCCGCCCGACGCAGAUCCGGUCGAAAUAGAGAACAGGAUUAUAGAAUUAUGUCAUCAGUUUCCUCAUGGAAUCACAGACCAAGUAAUUCAAAAUGAAAUGCCUCAUAUAGAAGCCCAGCAGCGGGCAGUGGCCAUCAAUAGACUGUUGUCCAUGGGUCAGUUGGAUCUCUUAAGGAGCAAUACAGGCCUUCUGUAUAGAAUAAAGGAUUCUCAGAAUGCUGGUAAAAUGAAAGGAUCAGAUAACCAAGAAAAACUAGUAUAUCAAAUCAUAGAGGAUGCAGGAAACAAAGGAAUAUGGAGCAGAGAUAUCCGAUACAAAAGUAACUUGCCAUUAACAGAAAUUAACAAAAUUCUAAAGAACUUGGAAAGUAAAAAGCUUAUCAAAGCUGUUAAGUCUGUGGCAGCCUCAAAAAAGAAGGUGUAUAUGCUGUAUAACCUGCAGCCAGACCGGUCUGUGACUGGUGGAGCUUGGUAUAGUGACCAAGAUUUUGAAUCAGAAUUUGUAGAGGUGCUUAACCAACAGUGUUUCAAAUUCCUACAAACCAAGGCAGAAGCAGCACGAGACAGCAAGCAGAAUCCGAUGAUACAAAGAAAUAGUUCCUUUGCUUCAUCACAUGAGGUAGAGUUGUCCACAGAGGACAUUGAAACCAUCCUGAAUACCCUUAUCUAUGAUGGGAAAGUGGAGAUGACUAUCAUCGCUGCAAAAGAAGGCACAGUUGGCAGCGUGGAUGGACACAUGAAACUGUACAGGGCAGUCAAUCCAAUCAUCCCACCAACAGGUUUGGUCCGGGCUGCCUGUGGGCUCUGCCCGGUUUUUGAUGACUGCCAUGAAGGUGGUGAGAUUUCACCAUCUAACUGUAUUUACAUGACAGAGUGGCUUGAAUUUUAACAGUUAUGAACUUUACUGACAUUCUGUAAAUGAAGUUACUAUGGAGCAAAUAAUUUAAUUCAUGAUGGAACAUCAAAUUCUCUUGAAAGCAAACUAUACAAUAAUGGACAGAGGCUUGCUGCUGUGGAAAAAUAUAUUAUUAUCUAUGAAGACUAAAUUUAUAUUGACAGAGUAGCCAACAGAAUUUAAAGCUGGUAAGGUUAAUAGUGAAAUCCAUUUUUCAAUAAAUAAAAUACUUGGAGCUUCUGGAGGACCACUGUCAAGCCUUUCAAGACUUCUGAAGAUUCACAGAAAGAGAAGCGAACAAAUCCCUGUUUACCAAGUACAGUGUUAAUGGCUGGAGUUUAACAAUGCCCGUUUCAAAGUUAAGAUCAUCAUUGGAAAUGUUUUAUGUCUGGUUCACUCUCACCAUUUCUGUUUUCUGUUCUCAGUGGUUUUGUUGAGAAGAAAUUAAGCAGAGAAGGCAGGAAUACCAGGGGAAUAUACGCAAACUAGGAGCAUGCGUUGGGGGAGAGUGGAUCAUCCCUUUUCCACACACUAUUAAUUAAUCUUUAUGUCAGAGAUAUGUUUUCAGGUGAUUAUGUCUCUGUACUUGCCACAAACCCAAGUGAUGACUAACAUCAAGGAUAGGUUUUUAGCACCCAAACAUUACUAUUCACAUACUAAUAGAAAUAUUGUCAUUGGUCCUUUUUUAAAAAAAGUCUUAAAAAGUUUCAGACCUUGUCUCAGUUGUAUUAUUUGCCAGAACUUUCCCAUAGACUCUCACGUAACUAAAAUUAAAAAUAAUCUGUUGCCCUCCAUUUACAGUU